AUGCUUGAAGAGUGUCUUGAAACUGAUGAGCAUGAACUAGUGGGAUAUGAUAUUCCUCCAAUGCGCAACCCCUAUAUUACCAAGCAAGAUCGGAGACAAAUGAGAGUUCAAAAUCGUUUUUCCAGAUUUCCACCAUUGAACAUGUGGGCCAACUGGCUGCUUAACAAAAUUGUUGACAAAGUAGAUGACACAAGUAAUAUCCUUGUAGUAUCACUAGAUGUCCUGGACUGCAUAAUAACAUAUGUAUUUAUAAGUGAGAUUGUCCUCAGAUGGAUUGAUGACUUUUUUGAAUUCUGGAAAAGUUUGUGGAAUGUUUUUGAUUUUAUAAUCACUUUUCUUUCUGUUCUCCCUGAGUUGCUUGAUGAUGGAUCAGCAGCCACCAUAAAUUUGCAGUUUGUAAAAGUUAUUAAAAUUCUACACGUGUUAAGGUCAUUGAAGAUGGUUUCUAAAGUUCGACAAGUAAGACUUAUUGCUAUGAGCUUCAUAUUGCUUUUUUUGACAAUAUUUUUUUACAUCUUCACCAUCACUGGAGUUCUCCUCUUUUCAGACUAUAAAUUAGACUUUGCCAAAUGUAACAUUGUUCUGUUUGUUAAAGCAGCAUUGUGUUCACUUAAAGUAUGGUCUUUUUUUCUAAUUUUCUUUCUUUUUUUUUAUUGGUUCUGCAGGGAUAUCCCAAAUACUUUAGUGACACUGUUUAUUUUGUUUACCCUGGACCAUUGGUAUGCAAUGGCUCGAGAAAUAUUAAAAGUCGUUGAACUGGAUCAUGCAUCUUGCAUAAUUUUUAUCAUUCUUUGGAUAUUCAUUGGCGCUUUCAUCUUUAGAAAUAUCUUUGUAGGAAUUAUGGUGAACAACUUUCAAGCAAUAAGAAAUGAGCUUAUGAAAGAUUUUCAACAGAUUGAAGAACAGUUAAAGGCUGAUCAGUUUAAAGUGGAAGCUCUAAAUAGAUAUGACAGGGAAUCAGAAAUGUAUGUUGGUGAUCUUGACAGUCUGGAGAGCAAGGAAAGUGAAGAAGACUCAGGUGACAGAGAUAGGAUCAUAGCUGAUGAAAAAGUUUUCGCUAGAAGAGACUCAAUUAUUUCCUUAAGUAAAAGGUCAACAAACACAUCCCCACUGAAUGACUAUGUUUUCAUCUGUUACACAGGUUGGGACCUCUAUGUGCGAAAGAACCUUCGACUUCUUCGCAAAGAGCAAAAUGAUGAAAGGGUCACCUGGCCUGUAAACUCUCUCAUACGAUACUUUGAAUUGCUUGAAAACCUCCAUAUCAAUCUACAAACUAGAAAGCAGCUACAGUUUUUGGCAGGUGGGUUUGACCCAGAAGAGAUCUUUUAUAAGCUAAACAAAAUGUGCUUUAAGGCAAAGUAAAAUUGACAGAAAUUAAAGAUUAUUAGAAAUUUAAAAAAUAAGAUUCUGUAAAAAAAAAAAAAA